CUGGUCGCUAACAGUAACUUUUAUCAUCCCGUCCUGUACACAUCCACCAAAAAUGUUUGCUAAAGUGUUGUUGUUAUCUCUAGUGUGCACUGCUGUGCAAUCCGCUGUCGCCAGGGAUGACUUGGGUGUCAAAUAUAUCAUGAGGAUAUACGAAGACUGCCAAAGGAGCGAUGGAAUCAUGCCUUGUUUGAAGAAGAAAGCUAUUCUCUUCUUUGACAGAGCUGCAAGGAUGGACGCGAUACCAGUAGUGGAUGGUGUUGAUAUAGUGAAGACUUCAGAGUCAGAAGUAACGCCAAUGAGUGAGAAUGACAUAGAGUCGACAUUGCCAAGGAAUUUGAAUGAUAAGAAUGAAGCUCUAACGGAUAUGCUGUGGGACAGGAUUGCGUCGUUUGCCAACUCCAGGACUAUUCAGUUGUCGUUGCCAAGGAUAACUGGACAGGAUCUCAACAAAGGAGUUGAGGAAGGUCGGGGCAAGAUGAAGAAGAUGAUGGGCAUGAUGAUGAUGGGCGCUAGUAUGAAGAUGGCGGCUCUCAUACCUCUCGCCAUUGCUGGACUCUUCGUGCUAGCUGGGAAAGCCCUCAUAGUCGCUAAGAUCGCUCUCCUUCUGUCUGGAAUCAUCGCACUAAAGAAGAUCAUGUCACAAAAAGGAGGUGGCCAUGAAAGCCACGGGUGGUCUUCAGGCGGAAGCAGCGGUGGCUGGGACCGUAGGACAUACCACGACGCGUCUGACCUAGCCUACUCAGCCUACAAAACCAACUAGACACAUCUCUUUCCUUACUUACCUUGAUCUUCAAGGCAUGAUAAGCUAGCUCUCUGUCUAUGUGAUAUAAUUUAUAAACCCACCUUUAUGGUUUAUGGUACUUCUGUGGUUGUAAAUUGGCUCCAAGAGCCGAUCGACGGUACUUUUUAUUAAAAGACGUAUUUAUUUUAGUAGUAAGUUAAGACUGUAUAGAUUAAUUUAUUUAUUUAUUUAUUGACGAACUGUGCCUGAAUACUCAUUAACUUUAAAAGUGUUUAAUUUAUUUUGUUACUAUAAUUUUGUUCGAAUUAGUUUUUGGUUGUCUUUGUUUAUUUAUUUUUGUUUGAAUAUUCUUUGUUUAAAAUUAUUUCAUUUGUCUAUUUUUAAUUGUCUCAUGAUCUGUGUUUUGCAUUUGGUAACAUAGUGGAUUAAAUAAAAUCUAUGAUACGAAC